CAAUUUGGUUCCAAUAUUUUAACAAGGAUUCAGCUGUCUGUCAAAGUCAAACUUAAAAAGUUUAUUUGUGUCCAACACAAGUAUUGACAACACCGCAGUAAAAUGCUCUGCGCAUGAGUACAAAUUUGAGCUUCCAGUCAAUUACACAUUUCUGGUUACGUAUUAAAAUCCAAUGUAAACAAGAUAAAAUCCCGUACCGCAAAGUUUGAAAACUAAAAGUAAGAGUUAGCAGAAGAAAGUAGGGGAAAGGUUUCUCUCAUUAAAAAGUUCAUUUUUAUUUUUAGUUUCAAGCGCUUGCACCAACAACAAAAUAUGAGAGAAUUUCGGGCGCGUUUGCGCUCUACAAGAACAAUUUUUUUCCACGUAGUUCUCCUUGUUGCGCUGGUUUUGUUGUGCAGUUCCUCCGCAGAAAAAUGUGGAAAAGCCGACAAAAGCAGCUGUAAAUGUGCAGGCAAAAAAUAUUUUCUGUCUGAAGAUUUAGCCAGAGCUGCCCAACUCCAAGUGGGCUCAACAGUUUGCUGUGUCCAUACGGACAAAAUUUGGAGGAGCAACAACAGGUGCUCUGUUCCAAGAGAAGACCAUUCGCGAGGCCUCAGGAAACAGCGAAUUCCUGCGAGACUUUUUGCUGUCCUGGAUGCCAUAGGAGUGACAUGUCAUGGGUACAAGCCUGGUACACGGUAGUGCUACAAAUGCUGGGCCAGAGUAGACAAAGAAACAAGAUUUACCUCGCAUCCUGACUACAUGCUACCGGUGUUACGAACUACUGAACAGGCCAGUUAAUUAGCCAUCGCUUAAUUAUAAUUGACACGCAGGUUCACACUGCCUUGGAUUGCUGCAAAAAUUUUCGGAAUCUCCUAGCCCCUCUUUCAAAGAUUUCAAAGAUUUUUGUUGCAACAAUAAACAAGUUGUUUGUAUCAAACUUUGUAAAAUUUGUGGCGAAAUAGACACGAUACCUAAAAAUUCAUUUUACAUUAAAUAGUUGAUUAUAUUUCGUGUUAAAUGAUCUCAAGUCUUACGCAUGUAUGGUUCUCUACUAGGAUGGAAAUAAACAAACCUCACAUGACAAACUUCAAAAGGUAUUUAUAUAAAAAUUAUCUCUACUAUUUUUUAUUUUACUCCUCUUGACAACAGUACAGUACGGUCAAUUGCUUCACUGAAAUUCAUUGUUGGGGUGUAGGUAGCAAAAUGCUACCUCAGGUGGUUCAGUCUAAAAUUGGUAUAUUUUGGAAAGAAAAAGGUAGUCACAGAAGUUGGGAAAUAUUAUUUUGAAAAAUUAAUGGCCAAACGAAUUUAAAGGAAAAUAAUAAUUUUAUAGACCGCAAAACAAGCACUUUAUGCCACUUGACGAACUUCUUUUUUCUAAGACCAUAGUAAGUAGUGGUAAGACCAAACCCCUAAAAUUGAACAAAAUAAUUUUGUCUGAAAUUAUGUAAUUACACAUCACAUAUACUUAUUGAAAUUAUGUAGUACUCCACUGUUGUCUCCACUCUGAGGAUUCAGUUAGAGGGGUGUCCAGGAAUCCUAUGGACACCCACUUUUUGAAAAAAAACAACAACAACAAAAAUUCACCUACUCCAUUUUUCAUUUAGUGAGGGGAUGUGUUUUUUGGACAUCCAAUUUUCAGUAUCUGGAUACAAACAAACUCAUCACUAAUAUGUGUAUUUCUUUCUUUUUUCAUUUAGAUCUUGCGGUUUACUCGCUCACCAAUUUUAAGACUAGACAAGAACUUAAAGCAGCAACACAGCAGUAGUGAAGGCCUCCAAAAAGUUCAGAACCACUUCCAAUUGCUGUUCCAAAGACUUAAAUUUCCAGAAGAGGCUUGUGGAAUAGACUUGCAGUACCCAAAAAGCCAGCAAACAUCCAUGGUGGAAAUAAACAUCAUUUGGGGUGGUAAAAAUAAAUGGCUAUGGUGAAGUUACAGUGGAUAAAACAGUUUGGAACAGGAUGGCAAAAGUAAUCCAUGACUUUACUCAACUAUCAGAAAAUUCAUUUGACCAGCUGAUCGGAAAAUUUCAGAUAUCCUUGCAACAUCAUUAUGAAAGCAGUGAUGCUGUACCACUUUAUGAUCCUGGACAGAUAAAAGAGUUUGCAGACAAAAGUGCUCCUGGUCUUUUCAAUGUCAUUUUGCAGUCUAUUCUUUGGGAAGAUCCAAGAUUGAGUGAAGAACACUGUGUAUUACAGGAAAAAAGAACUGUUGUUUUGUUGCACAUAAUAGCAUAUUUCAGAUCUCAGAAAACAAAUACACCUCAAAGAGAAGAGGGAUUAUUUAUCCAGCAACAUGGGGCAUCCAGAGAUGUUAUCAAUUCUGGAAGAAUUUUAGGUUUCAGCACAAACCCAAGGGAUGUGGAUGGUCAAAAAAGCAGGCUCCUCAGGGACCAGCCAAUGUUUGUAAACCUUCAGAUUUCAAAUGCACUUCAAGUGAGUUUAAAGUGGUUUAAAAUUUGAAAGCUAUAACUUUAAGUACUGUAAAUUAAAAACUUGUCCAGUUAGUUGAACAGUCUUUUGAAUACAUAUGGAUAGGCUAGCAAAACAGUAGACCAAGAAGGAAAUACUAGGUUAUUGUAAGAUAGAAAAUCAUAUUAGUCAAUGAAAUGAUUGUAAAUAUUACUAAAUUUAUUGUUUCAAAUGAAAUCAGUGAGUUACUACACAGGUCUGAUGGUGUUCUGCCAGAAAAGAUACAAGUAAAAAGUAAAAAGUAAAAAGGCAGUGACUUAAAAUGUGGAUGAUUCCACUAAAGAGGUGUCCACCUACAGUCCACUGUAUGCAUAUUCACACAUAAAAGCAAAUUUUACAGUAAAAAUACUGACAGAUAUUAUUUUGAUCAUUGUUUACAGGACAAGAGCUUAAUG